CCCGAGAGUCGGGGUGGGGGGGCUUUGUGCGCGGCGGCGGCGGGCGCGGGCGGCGGCGGCCAGCGCGGAGGCGGAGGCCGAGGGGACCGUGCACAGGUCGCCGCGGAGAGGCGUGCGGAUUCCAAGCCGAGCCCCGAGGACCCCGCCGCCCCAGUCCAGCCGUCAGCAGCCGGCUCCCCUCCGGCAGCGGCGGCUGCGCGGCGACCCCCGCUCCCCCGCUUCCCUUCCCACCCCAUCUCCCGCAGCCUUCCUCUGCCCCGCAGCACGCCCGGCCCGGCCCGGCCGCGGCCCUCCUCGGUGCCGGCCGCCAUGGCAGAGGCGUCCGGCGCGGGGAAAAUCUAGCCGGGGGAUUUCAUGCGGCCUAGCUUGGUUCCGUCCGCUCCCCCCGCGGCCCCGGCGGCUGCCCGCGCCCCAGCCCCACUCCGGGCCUCCGUGUGUCUCCUGUGAUCGUACUGACACGGCCGGGGGGUUAGAAUGGAACAAACUGAAGGCCCGAUGAGAGAAAGGGAAAGUUAAGGAUGCUGGAGCAGAACAAUGGAUUUCUCUUUCUCUUUCAUGCAAGGGAUCAUGGGAAACACAAUUCAGCAACCACCUCAACUCAUUGACUCCGCCAACAUCCGCCAGGAGGAUGCCUUUGAUAACAACAGUGACAUUGCUGAAGAUGGUGGCCAGAUACCAUAUGAAGCUACCUUGCAGCAAGGCUUUCAGUACCCACCUACAACAGAAGAUCUUCCUCCACUCACAAACGGCUAUCCACCGCCAAUCAGCAUAUAUGAAACUCAAACCAAAUACCAGUCAUAUAAUCAGUAUCCCAAUGGGUCAGCCAAUGGCUUUGGUGCAGUUAGAAACUUUAGCCCCACUGACUAUUACCAUUCAGAAAUUCCAAACACAAGACCACAUGAAAUUCUGGAAAAACCUUCCCCUCCACAGCCACCACCUCCUCCUUCGGUACCACAAACUGUGAUUCCAAAGAAGACUGGCUCACCUGAAAUUAAACUAAAAAUAACCAAAACUAUCCAGAAUGGCAGGGAAUUGUUUGAGUCUUCCCUUUGUGGGGACCUUUUAAAUGAAGUACAGGCAAGUGAGCACACAAAGUCAAAGCAUGAAAGCAGAAAAGAAAAGAGGAAAAAAAGCAACAAGCAUGACUCAUCGAGAUCUGAAGAGCGCAAGUCACACAAAAUCCCCAAAUUAGAACCAGAGGAACAAAAUAGACCAAAUGAAAGGGUUGACACUGUAGCAGAAAAACCAAGAGAAGACCCAGUACUAAAAGAAGAAGCCCCGGUUCAGCCAAUACUAUCUUCUGUUCCAACAACGGAAGUGUCUACUGGUGUUAAGUUCCAGGUCGGUGAUCUUGUUUGGUCCAAGGUGGGAACCUAUCCUUGGUGGCCCUGUAUGGUCUCAAGUGAUCCCCUGCUCGAAGUCCAUACCAAAAUUAACACAAGAGGUAAGAAAAGACAUAAAUACAUAUGGAUAAUUAAAGCAUGUCCAAUAAUCCCUGUGUCUUUUUUAAAGAUUCGGAAACCUCGGCCUCAGAGAGAACGUGCUCAGUGGGAUAUUGGCAUUGCCCAUGCAGAGAAAGCAUUGAAAAUGACUCGAGAAGAAAGAAUAGAACAGUAUACCUUUAUCUAUAUUGAUAAGCAGCCUGAAGAGGCUUUAUCCCAAGCGAAAAAGAACGUUGCCUCCAAAGCUGAAGUUAAAAAAACCCGAAGACCAAGAUCUGUGCUGAAUGCUCAGCCAGAGCAGACCAGCGCAGGGGAGGUGGCCUCCUCACUAUCAAGUACUGAAAUUCGGAGGCAGAGCCAGAGGCGGCACACGAGUGUGGAAGAGGAAGAGCCCCCUCCUGUUAAAAUCGCCUGGAAGACAGCGGCAGCAAGGAAAUCCUUACCAGCCUCCAUCACGAUGCACAAGGGGAGCCUGGAUUUGCAGAAGUGUAACAUGUCUCCAGUCGUGAAAAUCGAACAAGUGUUUGCGCUUCAGAAUGCUACAGGGGACGGGAAGUUUAUCGAUCAGUUUGUUUACUCAACGAAGCUAGGCUCAGUAGAAAAGAAGCAACAGAGAAGAUCAAUCAGAACUCGUUCUGAAUCAGAGAAAUCCACUGAGGUUGUGCCAAAGAAGAAGAUCAAAAAGGAGCAGGUUGAAACAGUUCCUCAGGCUACAAUGAAGACUGGAUUACAGAAAGGUGCCAGCGAGAUUUCAGAUUCCUGUAAACCUCUAAAGAAAAGGAGUCGCGCCUCAACCGAUGUAGAAAUGACUAGUUCAGCAUACAGAGACACAUCUGACUCCGAUUCUAGAGGACUCAGUGAUCUGCAGGUAGGCUUUGGAAAGCAAGUAGAUAGCCCUUCAGCUACUGCAGAUGCAGAUGUUUCUGAUGUGCAGUCCAUGGAUUCGAGUUUGUCAAGAAGAGGCAUUGGCAUGAGUAAGAAGGACACUGUAUGUCAGAUCUGUGAGAGCUCUGGUGACUCUCUGAUUCCCUGUGAGGGGGAGUGCUGCAAACACUUUCACCUGGAGUGCCUGGGCUUGACGUCACUCCCCGAGGGAAAGUUCAUCUGUGUGGAAUGUAAAACCGGGCAGCACCCGUGCUUUUCGUGUAAGGUAUCUGGUAAAGACGUGAAGCGUUGUUCUGUUGGCGCUUGUGGGAAGUUCUAUCACGAAGCCUGUGUCCGCAAAUUCCCCACUGCCGUCUUCGAAUCGAAAGGAUUCCGCUGUCCGCAGCACUGCUGCUCUGCCUGCUCUAUGGAGAAAGAUAUCCACAAAGCAAGUAAAGGCCGCAUGAUGAGAUGUUUGAGAUGUCCGGUCGCCUAUCACUCUGGGGAUGCUUGCAUUGCAGCCGGAAGCAUAUUCGUGUCCUCCUACCUUCUCAUCUGUAGUAAUCAUUCCAAACGGAGCAGUAAUUCUGCUGCUGCUGUAAACGUAGGCUUUUGUUUCGUUUGUGCCAGAGGGCUGAUAGUUCAGGACCAUUCAGACCCCAUGUUCAGUUCAUAUGCCUAUAAGUCCCACUACCUACUGAAUGAAUCAAAUCGUGCUGAGUUGAUGAAAUUACCUAUGAUUCCUUCUUCGUCAGCUUCCAAAAAGAAAUGUGAGAAAGGUGGAAGAUUGCUCUGCUGUGAAUCGUGCCCAGCUUCCUUCCACCCGGAAUGCCUGAGCAUAGACAUGCCAGAAGGCUGCUGGAAUUGCAAUGACUGUAAAGCUGGCAAGAAACUGCAUUACAAGCAGAUUGUUUGGGUCAAACUGGGAAAUUACAGAUGGUGGCCAGCAGAGAUCUGCAACCCCAGGUCUGUGCCGCUGAACAUCCAGGCCCUUAAACAUGACCUGGGGGACUUCCCUGUGUUCUUCUUUGGUUCUCACGACUACUAUUGGGUGCACCAGGGCAGAGUGUUCCCUUAUGUUGAAGGAGACAAAAGCUUUGCUGAGGGACAGACUAGUAUUAACAAGACCUUCAAAAAAGCCCUAGAAGAAGCUGCAAAACGUUUCCAGGAAUUGAAAGCACAAAGAGAAAGUAAAGAAGCCCUAGAGAUUGAAAAAAACUCAAGAAAACCCCCUCCUUACAAACACAUCAAAGCUAACAAAGUAAUCGGAAAGGUUCAGAUCCAGGUUGCCGACCUGUCGGAGAUCCCCCGCUGUAACUGCAAGCCGGCCGACGAAAACCCUUGCGGCCUGGAAUCAGAGUGCCUGAACAGAAUGCUGCAGUACGAGUGCCACCCGCAGGUGUGCCCCGCUGGAGACCGAUGUCAGAACCAGUGCUUCACAAAGAGGCUCUACCCUGACGCAGAGAUCAUCAAAACUGAGCGAAGAGGCUGGGGCCUCAGGACCAAAAGGAGCAUUAAGAAGGGCGAAUUUGUAAAUGAAUAUGUCGGUGAAUUAAUCGAUGAAGAAGAAUGCAGAUUGCGAAUCAAGCGAGCCAACGAGAACAGUGUAACUAAUUUUUAUAUGUUAACUGUUACCAAGGACCGUAUAAUUGAUGCCGGCCCAAAAGGAAACUAUUCUCGCUUUAUGAACCACAGUUGUAAUCCAAACUGUGAAACACAGAAGUGGACAGUGAAUGGAGAUGUUCGAGUUGGACUUUUCGCUCUUUGUGACAUUCCUGCAGGGAUGGAGUUAACAUUUAAUUAUAACCUGGACUGUCUGGGCAACGGCAGAACAGAGUGCCACUGCGGGGCAGAUAACUGCAGUGGUUUUCUAGGAGUGCGGCCAAAGUCGGCAUGUGCGUCAACAACUGAAGAGAAGGCAAAAAAUGCUAAGUUAAAGCAGAAGAGACGAAAAAUCAAAACAGAACCAAAGCAUAUGCAUGAAGAUUACUGUUUUCGAUGUGGAGAUGGUGGAGAGCUGGUCAUGUGUGACAAAAAAGACUGUCCCAAAGCAUACCACCUCUUAUGCCUUAACCUGACGCAGCCACCGUAUGGAAAGUGGGAGUGCCCGUGGCAUCAGUGCGACGAGUGCGGCAGUGCGGCUGUCUCCUUCUGUGAGUUCUGUCCACAUUCCUUCUGCAAAGAUCACGAAAAGGGAGCUCUGGCUCCUUCUGCCCUGGAAGGCCGUCUCUGCUGCUCUGAACAUGACCCUGUAUCUCCUGUGUCACCAGAAUACUGGAGCAAGAUAAAAUGUAAAUGGGAAGCACAGGAUCAUGGAGAAGAAGUAAAAGAAUAAAUGGGUGGUAUCCCCCCCUUUCUAUUUAAAUGAAAAAAAUGAAAAAAGCAAAUAGGGAACGCAUUUAAAAAGAAGAGCCUUCUACAGCGCAUACAGCCUUUGCCAUCGGAACUGCCUUACUGAAGCGAAAUGGGAAACCAGCUCAUGCGGGCAGAAGCA